AUGUUUUCAGAAAUAAUACCUUCAUUAAUGGAUUAUUCCCAACAUCUAGAUCGUACCAUAAAGGAAGUGUAAUAACAAAUUUUGUAAAUGGAAACUAUAACAAAUAAAACCAAUUCACAUAAAAGACCACUUGAAAUGAAAUAUUUAUAACACAAAUCCUCAGUUCCAUCAACUCUUCCUGAUAUUAACAAUGAUAUUGAUAAAAUCCUAUUAACAGCUGAAUAAUUUUUAUCAGAUCCAAAUAAAACAUAAAUUGAACCUAAAAAAUAAGAAAAAUAAGAUUUUGAAUAACCAAAAAGAAAAAUAGAAUCAUACAAAUAACCAACCAAUAAAAAAUAAAUUCUCUCUCGUAAAGUUAGUCAAAAAAAGUUAUCACCUUCUAAAGUUUCAAUGCACAAACGAUCUGGAUCAUUAUACAAAUAAGAAGUGACACCAAAAGUUACUUAAGUACAACCUAAAUUUCCAAUUCAACAAAGAGAAUCUACUAAAUCAUUUAAAGAUCAAAGUAGAUUAAUUAAACAAUCACCCACUAAAUCAAUUCAUGAAAAAAAUUCAAUUCUUAUUGAAGAUUAAAGUAAAGUUAAACCACCUAUUCCUGCUGUUCAACCAAUUCGAAAAUAACCAUCCUAACCAUAUUUAUAAUUGCAACCUAUUCCAUAAUAAUAGUAAUAAUAAUAAAAUUUGAAUUCCUCAUAUACAUAAGCACCUAUCAAUAAUAAAAUGGAGAAUAAUUAAUAACAAUAAUAAAAUGCAUUAAAGAAAUUUGAUUUUAAUGGAUACAAAGAAUUAAGUAGAUUGAAACGAAUGAAAGAUGCUAUUUUUGUUGAAUAUUAAUAAAGCUAUACAUAUUUUAGAGAAAAAGAAUAAAAGUCAAGAGCUAGAUUUCUCACAAAAUUUCAUUAGCAUAUGAAUGAAAGAAAGAAGUUACUUCAACAAUCUGCUUAUGGAGAUAGGCAAACCUUUUUCUUUCUUAGUGAUUAAAUCCAUCCAUAAUACUUUUCCUUUAUUGAAGAAUAAUUGACUAUAGGAUAACCAAAGACUCUUUUGAUUCUUAAAUAUUGUGAAUAAAUUCAAAAAACAAUUGAUUCUAUUGAAGUAAGACUAUUCUCUCUAUAUAUAGUUUGAUGACGAACUAUUAAAGAAUUUAAAGAGAGCCAAUAAAUAAAACAUUUCCAAAAUAUCCUUAACUGAAUUGGUUGAAGUCUUUAAAUUAUGGAGUCAAGUCUAAAUCAUUCGAUAAAAUUAUCAAUAACUCACUUAAUUUAUUCAGCCUAUCCCAGAAUUAACUUAUGAUUUAAUUUAGUGGAUUUGUUUAAGACCUAAGAUUAUAAAGAAAGACAAAACACAAAUACAAUUAAGUCAAAAGGUUAUUCGUUAUAAUCAAUUUGCCUCAUCUUAAGAAGAAGCUCUUGAAACAAAUAAACUUAUUAUAAAAGAAGAGAUCUUUCGAUUUCUAUGGGAUAUUAUACAAAAAUUAGUAUUCUCAUAAUAAUAACUUGAAACUUCAAUGGCUUUAUUCAAAUCCAUUCUCAAAUUCCUCACUAAAAACAAUUGUAGUGUAUAUGUGUAUAAGAAUUCAGAUUUAUUUAUAUGA